UGAGAAGAAGAAAAUGAUCAUAGUGGUUUAGGGGUGUGGGUGAGACCCAUCUUAGUCUUUUCCUCUCUGUUAAGUUUUAAGGUCACCACCGUCGCUUUACCGGCGUAAAGUUUCGAUCUUUUUUACGGGUUAAAAUGACGGAUUUCACUUUAAGUCGUGGAAAAAUCCCGACUUGGUCGUAUUUACAGUGACCCAAAUCGUCCUUGAUUGAUUAUCUUGGUGGGGUUUUGUUCUUCAAGUCGAUUACUGGGAAAUUCUGAUCGGUUUUUAGUUCUGGGUUUGUGUUAAAUCGGAGUUUUCCGAUCAUGUUUGAGCUUUCUGGGUUAACUUGAAGUGAAAAAGAAGAUUAAUUUGGAGAAGUUUUGAUUUUUUUUGUUGAAUUGGAGAUUGGUUUAAAGUUGGGUUUUUGUUUAUUGUGCUCGAGUGGUUAACUUCAAGUUGGUUUUUGUUUGUGCUUGAGUGAUCAACUUCAAGUUUGGUUUUAGUUUAAUUUGAGUUUGAUCUUUUUUGGGAAAUUGGGAUGGUUCAUCAGAGAGUUUAAUUUGAUUCUAUUGGAUAGAGUGUUGCCUUUUUUGGAUUUUGACUCUUUGAUCUUUGAGGAAAUAAAAAAAAACAAGGACUUUUAUUUAGCUUUGUUUAGAUUUGUUCUAAAAAUUUUUGCUUUUUGUUUUAUGUUAUCUUGAUCAUCAUUGAGGUUUCUGGAUUUGUGAGAUUGAAUUUAUUGAUGAAUUUGUUUUUGUUAGUGAUUGAAGUGAUCAGUUACUGAUUUACUGGUUAACUGCAUCAGGCAGAAGCCUAUCAACCCAUUUGCACAUUUCUUUUGGGUUUGGAACUUACCAUUCUUUUGGUCACAAAUUUUGAGUCUCUGGCCUUCUAUUCUCUUUCUACUCUCCACAACUAUUUUGCCUUCAAAGAGAAAGUUGUUGGUUGAUCAUCUUUUAGCUUUCCAACAAACUUGGGAGUCGAAAAAAUGGCAGUGUCUUUCACUCGUUUUUCAUGGUGCUGGUGGGGUGGGAAAGAGAAGGAGCCUGGGAAUAAUGGGGCUUCACUGAAUUCUUCAUUAGAUUUGGGGCUUGGGGGCCUGAGGGAGCCUGGAAUGGUUCAGUUCCCUUCGGUUAAGGGGACCAAAAUGGCCUCUUCGCCGAGAAAGGUGAAGAGGAAAUGGCAGAGUAGAGAGGAGAGGAGGAUUGAUAGGGAGUAUGAUGUUGUAAUUGUGCCAUCAGAUGGUGGUGGUUGCUUGUCGGGCUCGGAAUCUGAUGACUCGGACUGGUCCAUUGGGUGGUUGGAACCUCAUGGUUCUGGUUUCCAGAGUGAUGAUGAGUCGGAUAAUAGUUUUGCAGUGCUGGUGCCUUGCUAUAGCCCUGGUUGCAAGGAGGUGGUGGAAGGCUCAAACAAUGAGCUUUUGAGUGCCAUCAAGAACUUGCCUGAUGAGUUCCCUCCUGAUUGCAAGAACUAUAUGGAACAAUGGCUCUCUUCUCUUCAAAACUUUGAUGCCUAAACCAGCUGAUAUCUCUGAUGGAUUGGUCAUACUCUACUGAUUUCUUCAUACGGUGAUCCACUUGAAGAAUCAGAGCUGCUACAUAAUUAGCUAAAAGUAGAAAAUAAUCUAGAAUGGGAUAGACAGUGUGCAUCAGCAUCCUGCUUAUAAUAGAAGCACAGAAGAUUAACCCGUAUCAGACUUGAGGAUAUGAAACCAAGAGCCUUUAGUUUUGUUGAGAGCUGGGAAGCCACUGCUUGUUUUCCAACAUGCUGAAUGCUCUAAUUGUCAUCCUUCAACUACUAAGCGCACAUCACAUCUAGUGCAAUGUGAAAUAUGAUGGAUAUUCUUUUAUUGUAAAUAUGGUUUUUGUGAAUAUGAUUAUGCUGUUUAUGCUUUUCGCUUGUUUGUUGUACAUAAACUCCUCUAAACUUAAUUAAGGGCCAGUCUACUGUAGUUUGCAGUAAACACUUCCUUUC